ACAACUUCCUUUCUAUUCCAAAAUGGCUGCCCCGUUGAGAAAACGUGUGUUUACCAUUUGAAAAUACUUGCGUUUACCAUGCUUUCAUACAGUUUUCCUAUUCUUUUGAUAAAAUUAUCAAUAUAUUGGAAGUAAACAUUAUUCGUUUGGAUAGUUUAGAAUUAGCUGGGGAGACUAUACAUUUGGAAGUGUCGGAAAGAAAGUAGCUAGCUAGUUUGUUAGCUUGCCAGUGCAGUGUGCUCCAUUGGUUGACUGGCUAACAAAAAGCAACAGUGAUCAGAAGAAACGUAAGGUCUUAGUACAGAAUAAGCCAUGUCAGCCCUUACAAUAUUCGUCCGGAGUUUGCCAGCAGAUGCAUCUAACGACCGCCUGGAGGAGAUAUUCUCUGAAAUUGGACCUGUGAAGCACUGCUUUGUUGUCAAGGAAAAAGGUGCAGAGAAAUGUCGGGGGUUUGGGUAUGUCACCUACUCCAUGGAGGAGGAUGCACAGCGCGCUGUGAGAGAGGUGAAAGACUACGAUGGACAGAAGAUCAACGUGUCUGUGGCCAAGAAGAAACUAAACGACAAGAAAAGGGGAACAACAGCCACAGCACCAAAAGAACCAGUACCACAAAAAGAACAGAAAUCUGAAGGAGGCUUAAAGAAAAACCGAAGGAAAGCCAGACUGAUCAUCAGGAAUCUCAGUUUCAAGUGCUCGAAUGAUGAUCUGAAGCAGACCUUUGCCAAGUUUGGGACAGUUCUGGAGGCCAACAUCCCGCUCAAACCAGAUGGGAAGAUGCGGGGCUUUGCGUUUGUCCAGUUUAAGAACGUCUUGGAGGCAGGAAAGGCCUUGAACGCCAUAAACCUGAAGGAGAUCAAAGGAAGGCAGGUAGCUGUGGAUUGGGCUGUGGCUAAAGACAAGUUUGUCGCUACUCAGCCAGGAGCUAAGAAAGAGGAAAAGGUCACAGCAGAGAAACCGGCACCUGAAAGUGACUCUGAAGAGGAGGAGAAGGAAGAAGAUGAUGAUGAAGAGGAGGAGGAGGAGGAGGAGAAGAAGAAACCAGUAGCACAUUCAAAGAACAAUCCUCUCUACAGAGUCAGCUCUAAGCCAGCUAAGCAGCCAGACAGCCCAUCAGAGGACGAGAGUGAAGAGGAGGAUGGAGAGGAGGAUCAGGAGUCAGAUGGCAAUGAUAAAAGUGACCUUGGGUCUGAUGAAGACGAUGAUGAUGAUGAUGAUGAUGAGGAUUCUGAUUGUGGAGCCAAGAGGAAGCCCCUCCCGUCAGACAUCAAUGAGGGCAAAACCAUCUUCAUCAGGAACCUGUCGUUUGAUACGGAGGAGGAGGGCUUGGAGGAGGUGUUACUGCAGUAUGGAGAACUGAAGUACAUCAAGAUCUGCCUACACCCAGACACUGAACACUCUAAAGGUAUUGCAUUUGCUCAGUUCAAGUCUAAAGAAGCAGCAGAGAAAUGCAUUGCUGCUGCAGAGGAUGAGUCAGAGAGCGGGGGUAUCCGUGUGGAUGGUAGGAAGCUUAACAUUGUAACGGCGGUGAGCAGAGAGGAUGCCGUCAAACUGAAGGACAAGAAGGUCAAAACUCAUACAGGGACCAGGAACCUCUACCUGGCUAGAGAGGGAUUGAUACGGGCAGGAACUAAGGCAGCUGAGAGUGUUCCAGCAGCAGACAUGGCCAAGAGGACCAGAUUUGAGGACCUGAAGCGGACCAAGCUACGGGACAUGAAUGUGUUUGUGUCUAAGACCCGUUUGUGUGUCCACAACCUGCCCAAGUUUGUAGAUGUCAAACAACUACGACAACUCUGCCUGAAAGCUGCAGGGGGUGGCAAGGUGGCCCGCAUUACUGAGUGCAGGGUGAUGUAUGAUAAGAAGCCGGAGCGGGGUCAGGUGUUAGGCCGGUCGCUAGGUUACGGCUUUGUUCAGUUCCAAGAUCAUGAACACGCUCUGAAGACACUACGAUACCUCAACAACAACCCUGACAUCUACGGAAACACCAAGAGGCCCAUCGCUGAGUUCUCUCUUGAAGAUGGAAAGAAGCUGAAGAUGAAAGAAAUGCGACAACAACAAGUCAAGGAGCGUUUCAAGGGGCGGGGCCCUCAGGGAGGAGGGAAGCUGCAGCCGCAGUCUGGAGGCAAGACUGGACCUCAGAGGGGUGUGUCUAAACCCCAGAGUGCCAUGGUAACGAAGGAGGGGCCAGCGAAGACCCAGACACAGUCGUUACCAUCCGGCCAGGGCAGAAAGGAUGGAGUUCCUCCCUCGCAGCCACAGGACCAGAAGCAGGUCCGGCAGUACGCAGGCUUCCAGACCACUCCAGUUCUAGAACACGUAGAACUGGAGGAUGGAAAGAAAAGACGGAAGGUUCUAGCCCUGCCCUCCCACCGUGGCCCAAAGAUCAGGGCGCGUGAUAAGGGGAAGCAGCAGCAGCAGCCUGCCCAGCUUAAGAAGCCCAAGAACCGGCCCAGCAGGAGAGAACUACAGGGAGGAACGUCACUGGAGAACCCUACACAGCCCAGAACACAGAGUGCUAAAGGGGCCAAGAAGCGGUUUAGGAGCCAAGAGGACGACCGCUUUGACAACCUGGUUGAACAGUACAAGAGGAAACUGAUGGGCGGCAAAAAGACCGCAACCAUCAAGAAGAACAAGUGGUUCAACAGUUAGGGGUGUGUGAGAGAGAGAGAGAGCGAGGCAAUUUUUUGGUAUAACCCAAUAACCUUUUCCUUAUGUUGGUUUCUACAUCAUUCACAUGUUGAAACAAGGAUAUGAUGGUUGAAAUGUUGGAAUAAUAUUCACCAAUGAACUGUGUAGAAUGAAGUAGAGUCGUAUGUCUGUGUCCUCAUGUUAUAGGCAACGUGUGGUGUGCCAUCACAGUGGUAAAGGAAAGCUUAAGAGGUGGAAUAUCAGAGUAGUGUCACUUCCUGAAUUGACCCCGACUCUGACAGACUGCAUCAGAGGUUGAAAGCACAUGUUAAACAUGAAUGUGUGGGUUUGUUUUCUACGUCCAACGUGUGUUCUUCAGAACAGAUGCUGAUGUUUUACUCUGUACUGUGCUUUAUGUUCAUGUUAACAAUUGGUGAAUAAUAAUGUAAAGAAUAUUAGAGCUUUCAGAAAUGUAAAUGAGUGACAUUUUUAUUAAAGAAUUUACAAAGACA